CAUGGCGGCGCUCGGUACAGCACGGUGCUUAUUUCGGAGCUACUCUCGGGUGAAAAAUGUUCAAAAGAGCCAGCAAAUGUUGGUCAGAUGUAGCGUCAGGACGCUUUGUAGUGGAGCACAAAAUGACGCUCUCUCGGACAAAGCACAGCCCCAGUUCACAGAUCCAGCUGUUCAGGACAUCCUCAGCAGGAUAACAGGCCUGGACCUGCAGAAGGUGUUCCGACCCCUUAAACAGGAGCUGAAGCCGCCCACAUAUACACUCAUGACUGAUGAACAACUGGAGGAGGCGACAGAGUUAGCCAAGCAGCAGGCUAAGAAGCUGCUUCAGAUGCCCCCCGUCCUGCCGGAGAGGAAGCCCAUCAGCGAUGUUCUGGCUGAGGACAAGAUCCUGGAUGGCAUGGACACCGCCAAAUACGUCUUCACAGACAUCACCUACAGCACCCCACACAGGGAGAGGUUCAUUGUGAUACGGGAGCCCAACGGGACCCUUAGGAAGGCUACCUGGGACGAGAGAGACCGGUUAAUUCAGGUCUACUUCCCCAAGGAUGGACGCAAAAUCUCACCACCUCUCAUCUUCAAGGAGGAGAACCUCAAGAUGGUGUUUUCCCAGGACCGUCAUGAGGAUGUGUUGGACCUGUGUCUGGUCCAGUUUGAACCAGACUCUUCAGAAUACAUCAGAGUACAUGCAGCCACCUAUGAGGACCUGGACAAGCAAGAAAAAUAUGAGCUGCUGCGCUCCACCAGACAUUUUGGAGGCAUGGCCUGGUACCUGCUCAACGCUCGCAGGGUGGAUGGGCUCAUAGUGGACAUGCUGAAGAAAGAGCUGUUCCAUGAUGCUGUGAGCCUAGUGUCUCUGUUCCACAUGGUCCACCCACACAGUGAGUCAGCCCAGGAAGCUGCCGGCCAGCAGGCCACUGGCACCGACCUGCUGAAGAUCUAUGCCCAGAAGGAGUCCCAGAGGGCGGGCUACAUCGAGCUGGCCCUGCAGGCGUAUGAGCAGAUGGCUGCUAAGAGCUCUGCUGUCUGACUGUAUCACUCCUAGAUAGAAGUAUUCAAAUUCAUCCACAAUGAGGAAACCAGAGGAACAGACUGAAAAUAGAACAACAGCUUUCUGUUCUUUCUUUUCGGUUGAAGAGUAAUAUGUUCUCCUCAACUGAAAGGGAAGACAUAGUGUACAUUUCACGGCCAUGGACUUGAAGAGUUAACCUUAAAACGGCUUGUAAGAUGUACAAGGUUUGUUAUUUAUCCAUGGGGAGAAAUUCUAGUAAAAUGCUCUUAUUGUCUAUGUGUAUUUUAUUUGAGUCAAACCUGAUGGAAGUCAUGUAAUGUACAAAACAAAAUAAAGA